UGAUGUUGUUGGUGUUGCCGGGGACGGAGAGAGAGACUGGGCAGGACAGCGAGAGGUGAUGUGCUGCUAGUGGACGGCUGCUGUACUCCGAGUCACCAUGGGGUCCUCCCACAGCACGAGGAAGAUCACGCUGGUCAACGAUGAUAAGGCUGGCGUCAUCAAGUUGUCGGAGUCAUUAGCAUACCGUCUGCGAGGCCAAAUUGAAGGUCAGCAGGCCACAGCAGCAGCAGCAGCAGCAGAGCCACCCCCUUCACCCUCCCCAGCCCCUCCACCUGUACCUACUAUCCCAAAGGUCCCAGAGACCCCUAAAGUCCCCCAGGUAGCCCCUGAACCUUUUAUCCCAGAGCCAAUUCUGGCUCCACCCCCUCCCCCAGAACCGGCUCCGGGCCCGCCCCCAGAACCAGCUCUAGCCCCAGUCUUUGUUCCAGAGCCGGCCCCAGCCCCAUUCUUUGUCCCAGAGUCUCCAAGGGUUGAGGCUUCCGGACCAGGUGACACUACACCAGAGAAGCUCAUCUCAACCACCAGCCCCUCUGUGCCCGAGGUAGCAAAGACUGCUGCUGCUGCUGUGGAUCUUCCUGAAAAGGCUGCUACAGAACCCCUGCCAGAUGUGGGUGUGGCUGUCAGAGCUGGAUCAGCUCCUGCUCUGAGCCAGCCAGGAGGCAACAUCCCACCAUGGUCCAUCUAUGCUGAGGAAGCUCACCUAAUGGUGAUGCGACUCAGGGAGGAGAAGGAACAGGAGCUCCAGCAACUCAAUCGUGACUGGAGGGAAAAGAUGGACGCCAGGGAACAGGAGUUCAGCAAAAUGUCCCAGCUGUCUGAGGAGGAGGUGAACACUGCCGUCAAGGAUGUUGAGAAGUUGUUUGUGAAGGCAUCAUGCAGUCCAGUGUGUCAGGAUUAUCAAGAGUCUGUCAUGACGUGCUACCAGGAUCAUCCUCGCCAAGCCCUACGCUGUGCCCGCCAAGUGGAAGAAUUUGCUAGAUGUGUCGACCUCUCCAGGCUGCAAUCUGUCCUGAGGCAGCGGGCAAAUUAGUUAUGUUGCCAGGUUUGAGAAUGCAAGAGGAACAAAAUUGAGUGACAGGAAAAAAAAGUUUAGAGUUGAACACCUUGGACACAGAGGAAUGUGUGCUUCACAUGGCCUGGCUGUCAUGCAUGGGCUGACCUCCAGGGUGGCAGUGUUGCUGCUUCCCUGUGUAUAGAUCCUGGCACUGCAUCCCAACACAUGCACUGCUGGGGACUUGUAUAUGCCUUUGAACAUAUAAGGUACUUUUAUUUGUACAUUACUAGAUGUCUUUAAAGAAUAAAUUAUUUGCUAGAA